CCUGCCAAAGAAAGCAGCACUAAAUACGUGGCAGAUGGACUGCCGACCAGUGUCAAGACCAAGUUUCAUGGGUUCCUGGACGCUCAGCCAGGGGUCGUCUCCGAAAGGCCACCUGGCUCUUGGAAACAGAAGCCAGUUUCCCGCCAUCUGCUGUCCGUGGAGGCUGUGCCCUCGCGGCUGCUGCCCUCUGGGUUCCAGCUGAGGAAGGGGCACGUGGAUCUCAGGUUCGUUUAUUGCCUGGGCUGCCCCCCUACGGCCUUGGGGCGGGGGCUUCUGCGGCGCCAGGUCCAAAGCGGAUCCAGGAGGGAGGGGCCUCCUCGGAGAAGCGGGGCGCGGUCCCACCUACGCAGAGGCUGACAGGCCGACCCUCCUCUCCUCACGCCACACCCAUCUGCGUCCUUGUCCACACAGUCACCCCACGGACGCACGCCAACCCCACCCAGAUACAAAGUAGGUUUCCAAAGAACAUCUUUGCGUUUUCUUCCCAGCUUCCCAGCAUCGAACUAGGGAGGAAGAAGCGGUUGAGAAACAAAACUUCUUUUCACUGUGCUGCCCGUUUCUGCCGACUUGUUCUGAGGCCGAGGAGCCUGUGUUGGAAGAGAUGGUGAUGGGCCUGCACCUUUUGUUGUUGGUCUUCAUUCUGGGUCUGGGUCUGACCCCACCAACUCUGGCUCAAAAUGACAUCAGGUACAUCAGGUUCCUGGAAGAGCACUAUGAUCCUAAAACAAGGAAUGGGAAUGACAGAUACUGUGAAAAAAUGAUGAGGUUAAGGAACAUGAUCUCACCCUGCAAAGGAACCAACACCUUUAUUCAUGGCAACAAGGAGAGCAUCAAGGCCAUCUGUGGAACUGAGAAUGGAGAGUCUUACAAUGGAAACAAAAGAAUAAGCAAGUCUGCUUUCCAGGUCACCAUUUGCAAGCAUAGAGGAGGGUCCCCCCGGCCUCCAUGCCAGUACCGAGCCACAGCGGGGUUCAGAAAUGUUGUUGUUGCCUGUGAAAAUGGCUUACCUGUCCACUUAGAUGAGUCCAUUUUCCGUCCGUAACCAGCGGGCCACUGGUCCAGUGCUGGCUCUACUGUCCUUGCCUUACAUUUCUCCUCUGCACCCCACAACAGUGGUGGCAAUAUUCAUUGCCAAGGGCCCAAAGAAAGAGCCACCUUGACCUUUCGUUUUCUGUUUGACAACAUGUUUAAUAAAUAAAAAUGUCUCUGAAAUCAAUAAGAA